ACCAUCGUCACCUACGAAUCACACAAACACAAGAUGGGCGUCCACGGUUUGUUAAACAUAAUACAAAACGGCGCUCGUGCAAGACUACGCAGCGUUCCAUUACCCUAUACGAAUGCAUCGAUCGGAAUAGCGACAAUUUUACUAAACCAUGGAUUCAUUCAUUCAUUCACAAGAGGUACACGAGGUGGACCUUCCCCUUCCAACUUCCUACAAGCAAACAUUGGUGCAAAACGAUUAUGGAUUGAUCUGAAAUAUGGCAAUGAUGAUCGCGCGGUGUUGGCACAUGCAAAGACAAUCAGUAAACCAAGUAGAAAGAUCAAUUUGAAUUGUGCGGAACUUUUACGUUUGGUUACCGGAAGAAGAGCGCAAUUCAUCAGCCCUCUAGGACUUGGAGAAAUUGCUAUCGUACGAUGUGAAGUAAAAGAAGGCAAGGAAGCUGAAAAUUUGAGUCCAAUAAUACAAGAAGUAGCAGAGUCCACCGCUACAUCAUCACAAUCAUCCGGAGAAGGAUCUUCACAGGCAGCAAAAUCAAAGAAGCCAAAAUGGAGAAAUGUGGAAAAGUACGUAGAAGCACGUGAAGCUGUCGGACGAGGAUGGGGAGGGGAAGUUGUAGCAAGGGUUGGUUAAUAAGGUCACCUCUUUUGACAACCGGACACAAACAAAAAGUAUCCAACAGCAUGUAUUUGUACAAUUAAUCAUUGACAUAUCUUAUAAAAGAUC